UAGGUAUCGGUGUGCUUGUGCACACAGAACAGACACACCCACACCCACACUCACCCGCACCCACACCCACACGCACCCACACCCACACCCAUACCCACACCCACACCCACACGCACCCACACCCACACUCACACGCACCCACACCCACACGCACCCACACCCACACCCAUACCCACACCCAUACCCACACGCACCCACACCCACACCCACACCCACACGCACCCACACGCACCCACACGCACCCACACCCACACCCAUACCCACACCCUUUCACCAAUAUUGGUCAAAGUCUAGUAGACUUUCACUAAUUGUUGCAGAACAGUAUGAAUGUGUCUGAUAGAAAUCUCUCUAAUCAAUCCCAAAGUGAUACUCGAAUUGGCGAAAAUGCAAAGGAUGUAAUGGGAAAAGUCCAUUCGAUUAUGGAUAAAAAAGUUCCUGUUUCAAUCGUUUCUUUUUCUCUUCCUUUUGUAUUAUUCUAUAUACAUCUGUAUAUUAUUGCAUAGGUAAUAGAGUCAAGUAUACAUAUAUAUAUAUACAUAACAUACUUGCUUGUCUUUUAUUUUGAUUUAUUUGAAAAUGAUCCAUUUUGAUGAUAUUGAGAAAACAAAAAUAAUAAUGCACAGAAAAAAAAUCUCAUUUAACCGUUUUCAGUUUUAGAGCGAAGAUAUGUUUAAGCAUGUCUUUUUUGAAAACCAAAUAUAUGUUCUCUGUAGCCAAAUAGCCUUCAUAAAUGAUCACCCAGUCUGUAACCAAUAAUCUAUAAAAACGCAGCUCUAAACCUGGACUAUAACCUGACUCAACGUUUUCCUGACUCGAUUACUCAAGCUAUCCAAACAUAUAGCAUCAGUCAUAUACUCGUCGCAGGCAAUAUUAUUGUAUGUCAUAAGAAGGUUGUUAGUACUGUAUGCAUGCAGAGUUCGAAGAGUCGAACAAGAAGAACUUUGAGUCAGGUUCAAGGGGGAAAAAGCGAAAAUGUCGUACUCCCAUGUACUCCCACGUACUCCCAGGAUAAGUUGUAACGAUCUUUGAGAUUUUUCUAAUCACUUAAAGUCUACUGUCGAUCUGUGUUACGAUGCACUAGCUGGAGUACAGUGAAUGUGAGACUGGUGGACAAUCAGGCUCAAAUACUUCGUCGUACUCCCCUUUUGGGAGUACAAACAUGUAUUUGCGGGCAAAGUAUCCGCCAGCCUCAUAUUCACUGUACUCCAGCUAGUGCAUCGUUACACAGAUCGAUAGUAGACUUUAAGUGAUUAGAAAAAUCUCAAAGAUCGUUACAGCUUAUCCUGGGAGUACGUGGGAGUACGACAUUUUCGCUUUUUCCCCCUUGGUCAGGUUGCUCCAUUCUUCGAUUCAGAGCUACGCUUUCAUCGAUUAUUGGUAACCGACUGAAUGAUCAUUUGUGAAAGUUAUUGGCUACAGAAAAUAUAUAUUUGGUUUUCAAAAAAGACAUGCUUAAACAUAUCUUCGUUCUAAAAUAGAAGACGGUUAAAUGAAAUAUUUUUCUAUGCAUUAUUAUUUUUGUUUUCUCAAUAUGAUCAAAAUGGAUUAUUUUCAAAUAAAUAAAUAAAAAACAAAAUAAAAGGCCAAUAACUAAAUUAUGUACAUAUAUGUAUAGUUGACUUCUAUUACCUAUGCAAUGAUAUACAAAGGUACAUAGAAUAAUAGAAAAGGAAGGGAAAAAGAAACAAUUGAAAAGAGAACUUUUUCGUCGGUGAGAGGAUAGACAUUCGUCGAUAGCAAAAGUUCGGUUUGUAAAAUUCUGUAUAUCUUUUCACUUGUUCAAUUCUUUAUGAUGAAGUAAUUCUUGUUGAUACAACAAAACUUGGACUCUUCCAAAUAUUCAGGAUAUGGUAGUUAAUUUUCAGUUUUUUUACACAACUUUAAAUAAUCAACUUUAAAAUCUUAUUAAUUUUAUGCUCGACAUAUCUUUUUUUGUGUAGGUGAAGAUGAAGAUCCACUUAUAUGUACUUUUCGUCAUAAAUGUUUUAAUCAUUUCUGUACAAAUGCAAGUGCAGCCAAUAUAGUUGAAGCGGAAGGUUUACUAGCUGACAAUUUGUUUGACUAUUGCUGUUCAAUUUCAAAACGGCUUGCAGCUAAAUUAAGUAAAAAUGAACGUGCACUUAAUGCAGAUGAUCGAGAAAUGUGCAAUGUAACAAGUGCCAUACAUGCCAACGAUGAAGAAGACGAAAAUGAAUAA